CUCCUGAUUUAAUUUUGCUUAAAAUUAAGAACAAUAGUUUUUUUCUAAUAAAAAGUUAUUUAAAUAAAGGAACAACUUACAUUUCAUAUCAUAAAGCGUGGGCAACUUUUCUGGAUGUGUAUUUAGACACCAAUCCAACACAUUCCUGGCACUACAUUUGUACUCACUAUAGUACAUAGCUGUCUCUUCUGUUUACCACUAUCGUACAUCAUGGCUAAUGUUGCGGCAGUGAUGGAAACUCAAAAGUGUCUGGAGUCAAUGCUACUGAAGAAGAUGAAUGAAAUGGAAUCUCAACUAAAGUCAGUUUCUCCCAAGCAAGAUAUGGAUAGAAUCUCUCAGAUUGAGGGUGAAUUCAGAAGUUUCAAGGAUCUUGUUUACACCACCUUCUCUCUACUGCGUCAGCAAAUCAGUGAGAUCCUUAGAUCUCUUGAUGAGACUGAAAUGAGGCAUCGUCAGAAGUCGCUUCUUUUGAGUGGAGUCGCCGAGAGAUCUGAUGAAGACUUGUUUGCAACAACUAUUUCCCUCUUCCAGAGACAUCUUGGACUCUCAGAUAUUAACGACAUAAUAAAAAGAUGUUACAGGUUGAGUCGUUAUAGUGAGGGUCAUGUACGUCCCAUUGUUGUCCAAUUUUCAAACCAAACAUGCAGAUCAACAGUUUGGAAGAACAAGACAAAAUUGAAAGGCUCUUCUAUGGUUUUGCAUGAGUUUUUAACGAAGAAUCGUCAAGUCAUAUUCAAAUCAGCAAGGGAUCAUUUUGGCAUGACUAAGGUUUGGACUUUAAAUGGCAGUAUAUACAUCUUAACUCCAGAUGGCAACAGGGUACGGCUUACAUCAAGUGAUGAGCUGGAUAAGAUCAAGAAGCAGUUUCCAAAACCACCGACUAGUACAUCAACAACAACUCAAGCUUCUAAUCUCAAACUAGUGCAAUCUCGAUCAAGAAGAGUGAAUAAGAAAACUUAAGUCUCAAACUGUCUUCUAACUGCUCUUGAAUUAAUAGCUAAGUAUUAUUUAACCCCGAGUAUUUGUAUGUACACUUUGAAGUAUUUGCCACAAUAGUAUAACUUCCUAUUGUUUAGUUUCAUUGCAUUCAUACUAUAUUGUAUUGUUUUGUCGAUUCUUAACAUAGCAAUGAUAAUUCCAAUACAAUCCAUCUUAAAAAUGUUGAUGGUAGUUCGGUAACUUUAAACUUCUUUUCUGUAAUACACUUUUUGUACUUUUCUUCAUUUUUACGAGCACUAUGCAGGUACUUUCAUAACUUUUCAUGGUAACAUUAAUAUUUCAGUUUGUUUGUUAAUUUUACAACUUUUAUUAAAUGCAAUGACAAUGACAGUUCAGUGAUUUGACAGCUUCGUUGU